CCAGAUAUCGGCGGAGCCUCCUUGAGUGGGGUCCGGUGGUCCCAAUGGGGACAUGGACGUUGAGGUAAUGAUGCGAGAUCCGGAGUGUGGCCAGAGGACUGUUUAACGGAGGGGGCGGGUAGGUCGCAUGAGAGUAAUGAAGGUCUGAUGGGCGUGUUACCGGGGAAUCAGUGGGGGCUAAUAGGAGUGUUUUAGUCAACAUGCUCACGGGGGCGGGGGUGUGUUCAUUGAUUAACGAAGGGAUAGUAGAAUGGACAACUAGAAAGAAAUUGGAUAAUUGGAGGUAGAUGGGGUGUGAUCUGUGAUCCCUGAGGGAUUGCUGGACGUGUGUGGUAUUAAACAGGUUCAUGAAGAGCGGCAGGCGAUAGUAAUAAAAAGGAUAAUGGUGAAGCAGUGGAGGGGAUAAUAGAGGCCAGUGGGAGUCAUGAUCAAGGAACUAAUGGGGUCAGUGAUCAAAGAAAAGUGAGUGAGAGGUUGAAGGUGGGUUGUAGUCACGGGCUUUAGGUAACCAGGGCAUGAUAAUUGUGGAAUUAAUGGGAACAGAGUGAGCAAAGGGAGGGUAAUAGUAAGCUGCUGGAUGUGAUCAUCAAGUGAUUAUUGAUUGGGCGCUUGGGUGGCUCAGUUGGUUAAGCAUCUGACUCUUGGUUUUGGUUCACAUGAUCUCACAGUUCAUGGGUUCGGGCCCCACGACAGGUUCUUCACUGACAGCGGGGAGCCUGCUUGUGAAUCUCUGUCUCCCUCCCUCUCUGACCCUCCCUGGCUUGUGUGCUCGCUCGCUCUCAAAAAAAGAAAUAAAAAUUUAAAACUUAAAAAAGUGAUUAUUGAGGGGGCAAGGUGGGCAUUGAGGGAGAAUGGGGAACUGAUGGUCAUCAGGGAUUAACGUGGUAAUGAAGGGAUUAUAGGGGACUAAUGGUGUGAUAUAUGAGGGAUCAGUUGGAGGGCUGAGUUAAUGGGAGCUGAUAAAUCAUAGUCACCGAGAGCUUAAUGGGGAGUUAAUAGGCCAUGAUCCUCUAUGUAUUAAUGGAGCUUGAUAAGGAUGUAGUAAUAAAGGAGUUACUGGGGACCUAAUCAUUUCGGGAUUAAUGGGGAAUGGUGUGGAGAGAGAUUAAGGGGGUGAGGAGUACAAGGAGGUAGUAUUAGGAUAACGAGGGUGAAAGCAAGGGAUUGACAGCAGGAUGAUAGGGCUGUGUGAAUCUAGGGGCCAUGAAGACAGCUGGGGAGAUGGUCAGUGAGAUGUUAAUGGUGGGUGGAGAAGGGUUCAAAGUGAGAGUUGUGGGGCUAAGUGUGUGCAGCAUGGGUGGCAGCAGUGGGAGGUCAACAGGGUCAGUAAUGGGUCAUCUAGAAGUGUUGGGUUUGGGGGAUCUGUGGGGUGAGUGGGGGGAUCUUUGAGGGAGCAGUAGAGCUUUAGAAUUCAGUGAUGGGGUCCCUCGGGCCUUGUGAGGUCAGUGGGGUCAGUGACCGGGCUCCACUUUUCCCAUCUGCUGAGUGAGCUGUCAUGGGGCUCAUGGGGAGUUUGUGUGGUUCUCACUGCCCUGCAGAAAUAGGUGGGAGCCCACUCACCCAGUUACUGAUAUAGGGCGGCAUCAGCUUACUGUUGGCAGGUCCCUGGGCAAACAGCGUGAGAUGGGACGGACAUCAAAGGACAAGCGGGAUGUCUACUACCGCCUGGCCAAGGAGAAUGGCUGGCGUGCCCGCAGUGCCUUCAAGCUGCUACAACUUGAUGAGGAAUUCCAACUCUUCCAAGGCGUGACACGGGCAGUUGACCUGUGUGCAGCCCCGGGCAGCUGGAGCCAGGUGCUGAGCCAGAAAAUUGGGGGUCAGGGCUCCGGCCAUGUGGUGGCUGUGGACCUUCAGGCGAUGGCUCCAUUACCAGGUGUGUUACAGAUCCAAGGGGACAUCACCCAGCUGUCCACUGCCAAGGAGAUCAUCCAGCACUUUGAGGGCUGCCCCGCGGACCUAGUGGUGUGCGACGGGGCUCCCGAUGUAACUGGCCUCCACGAUGUUGAUGAGUAUAUGCAGGCCCAGCUCCUCCUAGCUGCUCUGAACAUUGCUACACACGUCUUGAAGCCAGGGGGCUGCUUUGUAGCCAAGAUCUUCCGAGGCCGGGAUGUGACCUUGAUCUACAGCCAGCUGCGUGUCUUCUUCUCCAGUGUGCUGUGUGCCAAGCCCAGGAGCAGCCGCAACUCCAGCAUAGAGGCCUUCGCUGUCUGUCAGGGUUAUGACCCCCCUGCGGGCUUCCUUCCGGACCUGACAAAGCCCCUGCUGGACCACUCAUACGAUCCAGACUUCAACCAAUUAGAUGGACCCACUCGCAUUAUUGUGCCAUUUGUGACCUGUGGGGACCUGAGCUCCUAUGAUUCAGACCGCAGUUACCCACUGGACCUGGAGGACGGCUCAGAGUACAAGUACACUCCACCCACGCAGCCCCCCAUCUCACCACCGUACCAGGAGGCCUGCACGUUGAAGAAGAAAGGGCGGCUGGCCAAGGAGAUCCGCCCCCAGGACUGCCCCAUCAGCACUGUAGAUGCGAUGCCCCAGCCCCUGGCUGCUCCACAGCGCCACACCCUGCUGCCCUCUGAGGUGGAAGACAAUGGAAUGAAUUGUUCGCCUUAAUACAUUCAGUUAGCUGGCAAUCUGAUAUAACUCGGAAGCUGUUUGCUGUCAGGAAAAUGAGAACUGGCAUUGAUGAACUUGUUUUCAAAAAUCUCAUCAUCGGGUCCUGAGCAUCCGAGUGGGAACCUGCAACAACCACCAUGAACACAGCAAGGAAAGAAACAUCACAGAACGCCUGUCUGUGCUGCAGAGGGGAUUCUUGAGCCAGGUCUUGCCUCCUCUCUCAGUCUUUCCAGGGGCAUCCUGGUUAUGUCCAGAAUUCACCCCCAAAACAGGGAUUCUUAACCCGGAUAGAAAUCAGGGGUAUCUGUGAACAUAACGGAGGAAAAUAUUACAUCUUUAUUUUCACUAAUACUGAACUGAAAUUUCACUAAUAUAACUGAAAUGUAGCUUUACCCCCAAAUACAAAUGCUGGCAACAAUUCACAAUACUAAAAGCAGUGCCUGUACCUUCCCACCAAUAUAAAUCAGUUCCUUUUUAAUGUUGAGGUUUUUGCAGGCAUCUUGAAAUCCUGUUCACGUUUAUCACUACUUUGAAUUAUAGAAGAUCUUAUAAUUUGAUGUUCUAAUAAAAAAGUCAAUAUAUUACUGUA